GCGGGCGUCUUUGUGUGGGACGGCUUCAUUCCCGUCUUUAUCCGUAAUCCCCCCCUCCGCUUCAAUUGCAGUUCCCCUCUUUCACCACUAGGAUGCUGUCUGGUUCUUUUGUUUUUUAUUUUUUAUAUUUUUUCUUCGCAGCGGUAACAGAAAAAAAACAGACCAGCACACCCCCCCCCCUCCUUCCACCUCCAUGGCGUUUUUAUUUUUUUUGAACAUUUUUAACUAGCCUGUCUAGCAGGAGCAGAAGAGGCUACCGGAGCCUCGUGGGGUCCAGGGGGGGGAAGAGGUUUAAAAAACCAGCCCGUGCUCAGUGCCGCUCGACCGAGAGAGAGACGCCGGAGAGCAGCGGCCAGCAACAGCCGCUCGUCGGUGCAAAGCGCGUAAUAAUGCUCCAGCAAACGGGGACGCCGAGCCUUUCUGGGAAGCUGCUCUUUUGAUGUCCGGUCUGGUGCUGAGGACGCAGGCUGGAAAUGGUGUCUCUCAGGCCAGGGACUGCUCUGGUCUGAAGGUCCUGCUGUGGUGGAGCUCACCCUGGUAGCCCCACCACCUCGGCACGGUGUCGGAUGCAACUGAGAACGUGGCAGCGAAGGAGGAAGGAAGGACUUGCGCGACUCCCUGGCUCAUCGCUUGCCUGCCCUCUGCCAGCCGUGGACUUGACAUGCCGUCGGCCUGAUGGAGGAGUAGCUCGAGCGGGAGAUACGGAGCAAAGAAGAAGGUGAAGUUGGGGGGUGGGACCGGAAGAGCAAAAGUGAAGCAGGGAGGGGGGGUUUCCGGCGCCUGACACAGAGCCUCCGUUUCCCGGGUAACGUUGCCAGCGAGGCGGAGCCAAGUGGCGUGGCGGUCGGCAACGUCGCGGAGGAUGACCAGUCUGUUCCGGCGCAGCAGCAGUAAUGGUGGGUCGCGGGGAGGCGGGGAGGCCGCAGGGGAGCUCAACAACAGCCGGCCCGCGCGGCAAGUGCGGCGGCUGGAGUUCAACAAGGCCAUGGAGGACUUCAAGACCAUGUUCCCCAGCAUGGACUACGAGGUCAUCGAGUGCGUCCUGCGCUCCAACAACGGCGCCGUGGACGCCACCAUCGACCAGCUGCUGCAGAUGAGCAUCGACGGCCAGGGCUCCGAUGACAGCUCCGACUCGGACGACAGCAUCCCUCCAGAGAUUUUAGAACGAACGCUGGAGCCAGACAGUUCUGAUGAGGAACCCCCACCUGUGUACUCCCCACCAGCCUACGCCAUGCACAUCUACGACAGGAAGUACCCUGAGCCCCCACCCACCCCGCCGCCCAGGUUCGAGGCACAGCCUGCCCCCGGCCCCCGGCAAGUGCGCAGCUACAAGAACUGGAACCCGCCGCUGCUCGGAAAUCUGCCCGACGACUUCCUGCGCAUCCUGCCGCAGCAGCUGGACAGCAUGCAGGGGUCCCAGAGCAGCCUGUCCCAGCCGUCGUCCUCGUCGUCGUCCUCGCUUUCGUCUGGGAGCCAGCGACCAACCCCUGGGGCUGGGACGGGCCCAGUCGGCGUGGCGACGGAGCAGGAGCGAAAGCUGAAGCAGUACCUGGAGGACGAGCGCAUCGCCCUCUUCCUGCAGAACGAGGAGUUCAUGAAGGAACUGCAGCGCAACCGAGAGUUCCUCAUGGCGCUGGAGAGAGAUCGGCUGAAGUAUGAAUCAAAGAAAUCUGGGUCCGCUCAUUCAUCCGCUAGCAUGGAGAGUUCCACAGCAGGAGAGCACUGCCCCGCCGGCUCUGGUGAGACCUGCUCGCCAGUCUCUGAAGAUGCCUUGUUUCGCGACAAACUGAAGCACAUGGGAAAAUCCACGAGGAGGAAGCUGUUUGAGAUCGCCCGAGCCUUCUCCGAGAAGACGAGGAGGAGGAAGAGGAAGAGGAGGAUGCUGCUGAAGCACCAGUCACUGGGAAUCGCUGCCUCUACAGCCAACCUGCUGGAUGAUGUGGAGGGGAACCCAUGCGAUGAGGAGGGUCAGCUCAGGAGACCAGCUGCUCAGGAAGAGGAGGAGCCCCACAAGGAAGUGUUGUCAUGAUCAGUCCAGACCUGCCACUUCGAGGUUUCCACGGUGUCCGCAGAAUGACCCUGUGACUAUUGGCAGCUCUGACUCCUCCUCCCUCCUGACUUAGGCCAGCCAAUUGUACGCGGUGCCAGUGGCCCGGGAAGCCUCUCCUCGCACCCCGCCCCGCCAGUGAGGAGCCGCACUGCACUGCUACACCGGGGCCGCCUGAGACCACACCCACCUCAGCCUGAGCCCCUCCUCUUCGUAACUGCAUUAGACUUUGAGUGCUUAUGGAACUUUGCGUCUGAAGAAACUGAACAAAUGCAGCUGUCAGUUCUGAUACUGUUUUGCCCCCCCCCCCCCCCCCAGAUUAUCUAACAGCCGUUGUCCAUAUGAUUUAACCAUAUAAAUUUUGCUAUUCAUUCUGUUUUGUUAGGUUAUGUAUAUUUGCUUCAAGCUAACGCUCCCCCCACUCUGUGGUCAUAACCGAUGAGAGUAGAGGCUGUAGUUACAAUCUGGGUCAGGCAUUAUGCUACUCAACAGAUCACAUGCAAGCUGGUGUCCUGCAGGUUUCCUCUGCAGAUGCCCCCGAAAGCGGCCUGCUCCCUGUGGCAAGAUGCAGCAGCCCAGCCGAGGUGAUUCUACUCGGUCCCGCCCCCCGAGAGCCUCUUUGUGGGUCACUAAUCUCAAAGCCGGGGCAUCUGAACCGCUGGUAGAAUGUCUGCAGCAUUGGGCCGCCUGAUCAAUAUUACCGGCACCAUCCCCUAGCACCACCUAGCCGCUGGAAGCCUGUCGACACUGGGGGGGGUUGGCAGAAAGUGGCGGAGGAGGGACCCUAGAACUGAUUGCUCGCACAUCCCUCCUUGCCCACGCGUAUUCCGUCUCCUCCCUCGUUCCUUCACAGCUGCAUCCCUCUCGUUUUUCCAAUGCCAAACUUCCACUGCAUCUCAGCCUAUGGCGAUUCCACGUUUCGACAGGUGAUCCGUCAGAAGCACCUACGAAAAGCUCUUUGCGAGGGCGGGAAAAAAAUGGACUACACAAACCGUCCCUCAAAUCUGCACUGCCGUAUCUUAUAAUUAUUUUUUUUUUUUUUUCUUUUUCCAGUUUUAUGUGAAGUUUUCAUCUGAAAGAGGUGAUGCUAUACAUAGGACCAGUAUUAACAUUCUUGUUGAUGUAAUUACUAGUAGAUUUCGAUGUAGAGAAGUUUUAUUUACCAGUUAUUGAUGGUGGUGAUUUGUUUGUAAACGAAAGGCUUUUCAAGUGAUGCCUCUGUGAGGACUGGCAUUAAUCUUAGAGUCUUUGGAUGUAAUGGUAGAACCUUAUUGAAUCACUUUUGAAAUUACUUUUUGGCCAAAUAUAAGGAAAAUUGGAGUUGUUGAGAGAUUCGUCUAGGUCUCAGCACCAGUGGGUGAAUUGGUUCAAUUAAGAGAGAUCAGUGGCUGUUGCAGGUCCUUACUUGACCUCAGGGUGGACUGAGACUCUGGAUAGAUAUGGGAAAUCCUGUGUGUUUUUUGUAUUUUUAUUUUUUUCUGCUUUCAGAGCUGUUGAUUGGACCGCCACUGAUGUUUCCUUCCUCGUGGCGUUCAGCUUAAGAGCACGGUCCCAAUCGCACCGUCCGGCACCGAUGACGGUGCUUGUUACGGGCCACUGGAAUCUAACAACCUGUACGGCGACCCUGUCCUCCGGCUGAUUGGAGAGCAGUCACCUUUAACUCUCAGCUGUGGCUGAUGGCUCGGAAAUUACCUUUUGUUGCCGCCAACCUGGCCAGGGGUAAGAGCUCAGCUAUGUUGGGAUGGAGUCAGGUGCCUGGAACAGGCCGUAGAGCAGGGGGGCCCUCGUAGUCCCACCCCCGUGCGCCAUUAAUCCGAAAUAUAUUUGAAGUUCUAAAAUCCGUACAGCAGCAGGCGCCAUGGGUCUGUGGGGACCCCAGGGGACAGCUGCAUUGCAGGCAGCUUGAAGAAGGAUGGCUGGGGCCACAGCGGGCCGUCCUGUGUGUCGGCCAGUCAGAGGGCUGCCGCUGGGCGCUGUUAUCUUGGUGCGACAGCCAUAGUCACCACACCAGCGAUGGUCAUUGUGCUGUUCGCACAUUUAUGUGUUUCCCAGCAGCUCCACUGACUGAUCAUUCAUCCAUCUUCCUUCCCCCUUUGGCUCCCCUUUACUGGAUGCUCCUGUCGUUAAAUCAGACACGCAUAUCUUUGCAUUAACAUACGCUGCAACAUAGCUGAUGUUUGUCUUUUUUGACCAAAUCUCUCUCUCUUUGUAUGGUGCGUUUUUGGCCACCAAGUAUCAGGGCUUUAUUUCCUUCUCUCUCUACUCCAUCCCGCUGAUGUAGCCUCCAUGUUUUCAGUGAUGCGUUCGGCCAGACCAGGAAUGAGCCUGCUGGCCUAUCUCAUCACUUGAAAAAAUGUCUGGUCUGAGAGAAUUAUUAGAAACAUUUAGUACAGACUGAUAUUAAACCACCCCCACUAAUCUGUAUCAGCGCGCCAGUCAGCCGUAACCGCUGCGAACAAAAGCCAUUCGUUCGCUGAUAAAUCUGUCAAAACAUUUGCAUUCCUUUGCACAUUGCUUAACAUCAAUUGCUAAGGGCCGGGACCCAAUUCCAUCUUAUCGUUCUUGAGGGGGAAAAAUGUCAGAUUAACAGUUUUGCGUGCAAACUUCCGACAGAUGUUUGUGUACAUGAAGAUUUCCUUUGGGGGCAAAGUCUAGAGUCAUACCCGCUUGCAAAGAUGUUUUGUUUCUGAACUGAAGUAGAAGUGAGGGUAGCCAUUUUGACAGUAGGCCUAUGUGUUGUAACAACCAUAUACAUACUAGUAGGUGCAUAGACCUCUCAGGGAACGUCCACAAACCUUUAAGCUCUAUCUGGUGCAAGCACAACUUUAACUUUGGCUGGGCGAGAUUUGCUCAUUCAUUUUUACCCAGUUGUUUGUUUAAAAAAAUCUAUUUUGAAAUGUAAUUUUCUGGACACAUACAUACAAUUGUUCUACGGAUUCGUUCAGACUAAACAAAAACCGCAUCUAAAAAAGCCUGUCCUGCGUUGACAGAUUCACACAGCACUGUAAAUCUGAGUUAUUAGCGACUGACCGAUUUUAUAGCUGCCGUAUCUGGCAUGUUUGUCAUAGGCAAAAUGGGCAGCCGAAGUACCAACACAGUCGCGGUGUGGUACGGUAAUCGAUUCCGACAUUUUUAGCCACGUUCAUAUCUGGUUCCUCUUUGUAUAUACACCACGUAAAGUCUUGGACGUGAUGCCUCCCCAGAAAUAACGAAUGUACAGAAAGGAGUUACGAUUUGGCGGUGCACCGAUUAACACGUGGGCUCAUAACCGUUUUGUAAGAAUGUAUGCUAUAUGUAUGUGUGAGUGAGAAACUGUUAAGGCAAAAAAUGACGUGUAUCAUGACGUUGAAUUUAACGAAGCGUAAUAUGUAUUUACUCGAUGACUGACAGGUUACUUCCGGAAACAAGCUAUUAACUGGAGUUUAAAUCAUUAAAAUGAAAUCCCAUUUAUAAUUCAGAAAUGCGUUUUUAUUUGCAGGGGGAAAUGGAGCACAAAUCGGCGGGUGGCUGAAAUUUGUGUUCUCCAGCUUCCCCUAAUAAUGUGUGAAGGCUCUGUAAAUGUCAUAAUUUCAAGAUUAUUUCCAGAUUUGAGAUUUCUUACACUUCAAAGAUGUUUAUUAGCUAUUGAAAUAAAAAAUGUGUUGUACCCCA